AGGAAGAGAAAGCUGAAAAAGAGCUUAUAUUGUCAAUCGAUUUCCGCCCCUUGGACUUGCGCACCGGUAUCAUACUCCUGCAAGCACGUUCGUAUCCAUGUAGACGGCCAACUGGAGUUCUUGAUGAUUGCUGAACAGAUCGAGGCGCCAUGGCUACAGUUGAUAUCGACCCGUUUCGGAGCUGAAACAAGUUCAAUAAAGUCGCCAAGAAAGACCCCACCCGUCUUCACUGUGAAAAGCCUGUGAAAGAAGAAAAUUUCAGUGGCUACUCUUGCUUUAAAAAUUGGUGGAGGUUGAACGUCGGCUGAAUUCGUUCCGCGUGAAAACGUCAUCGACAAGGGUCGGCAAAGACGUCGGGCGGUGCCGUGAAGCGCAGGUCAGAGGUGGGAAGAGCAAAUUGACGCCAACGUUCAAGCUGCAUCAACAAGCAUAACGCAAAAAAAAAAAAGAAGCUUACGUGCAAGAAAAAAGACAAUGUCUUUCAGACGUCAGUACAAACAAGCUGGAACGGGUGAAACAUCAUCGCGAUGGGCGUGGCCACCGGGAGUAGGAGGCGGCGGAGUUGGUGCGGCUGGCGGGCCCCGAGGCGGUAGUUUGAGCGCGCUGGACCUGCUGGAUCGCUCAGCCGAUGAGCCAGACGCUGGCUGGCCGCAGACGGAAGCGGAGCUGGCCAAGUUGUAUCAGUCGACCAUCAUGGAACAACAACUGCGGCACUUGGAGCCGCUCCGCGAAGACUUGGCCGAUUGGCUCAACAAAAUCCUCGAAUUGGAUUACCUGACGUCGUCCAACUUUAUGGAUAUGCUGGACACUGGCGUGCUGGUUUGCCACCUGGCGCGACGCAUCCAAGGAAUAGCCAAGGACGUUGUUACGAGUCGCUCGAGGGCUCUCUUCGGUGACGGUGUCGACGCUGCUACGAAAUAUGACGAUGCUAGUACGGCCGCUCUCCUCAACGGCCCGCCGGAUAACGUGAAACAGGCACAACAAUACCUCCAAGCGCUCCUUAGAAGUACCAAUAAUCAAGCAAAUCUUCUAGCCGCUGCCAAGGCUGUGCCGCAAGGGCGGAUCCGGUGCUGGGAAAGAGCGGCCAAGGGCAGCUUCUUCUCGCGCGAAAAUGCCUGCAAUUUUUUGAACUUUUGCCGACAGCUGGGCAUCCACGAGAACCUCCUCUUUGAGAGCGAAGAUUUAGUGUUGCACGGACAACCGAGGAAUGUGAUCCUGUGUCUACUGGAGCUGGGCAGAGUGGCCGGCCGGCUGGGCAUGGAGCCACCGGGACUGGUGCAGCUGGAACGCGAAGUCGACCUGCAGAUCGAACGGUACCAAUGCGGUCUGGAUCAGAUGACAGCCGAUCUCCUUCUCCUACGUGAUGAUGAUGACAAUGAUCACGCUCAUAAUGAUCAUAAUAACCAUUCCGUUCCUCAAACCACCAACGAACCUUUAACCCCCUCUGAUGAAAGCAAGGCCGUCGAUGAGCCGUCAAACAACGACGUGAUGGGCCACGAACACGAGGCCGGACAAAUACCUGUAGCUCACCUCAACAGAUCUCUAACGUACUCGGUGAAUGCCAAAAUGGAUGACCAAGACCCAUCAUUACUAACCCGGUGUGGGUCGCCAACCAGUGACGAAUACCUUCCUUCACUACUUCCGGUAGCGCCGACCGAUGACAAAUUGGCCUGUCGUUCUCCCGUCUCACCAUCUCCGUCCAUUACCUCAACCACUUCUACCGCCACGACUAACGCCAGCAAAACUCCUGUGAUUGUUUGCAGACAAGCCGAUGAGGUGAGUUCAUCUCCUUCUUCCCCGACCAACAGCUACGGCAGAUUGCCCUUCAGCCGGCCCAUCAAAAAUCCAUCCGAAUUAGACAAAAAGGUGGAACAUUUUUUAUUAAAAUCGCAAGCCGAAUGCCGUUGUGCGGAAAAGUAUUGUGAUCGUCUCAAGAUUUAUAAAAUAUCCGAAGGACUUUAUCGAAUCGGAGACCGGAACGUCUUCAUCCGCCUAUUCAAGGAUCGUCACGUCAUGGUUCGCGUCGGAGGAGGAUGGGAUACGCUCGAGCACUACCUCAUCCGUCACGAUCCGUGCCGCCGCGGCCACGACAACAGCCUCAGCCGCAGCCCUACUCCAGAGUGUAGCCGGCCAUCCAGGCUGUCUAACGGAACUAUUAGUCCCAUAUGCCCGCCGCUUAUGACCAGCUCUACACCUUGUCUAUCUCACGAGGCAAGAGGCAGGACGCCGGAAAAAAUGAUGAUCGGUACGGUGACACCAACAUCGUCGUCGACGAGCGUCGCCAGCAAUGGUCGCAGGAGAUACGUCGGUCGCAGUCUCACGAUGGAUCUGAAUCAGCAAAUCAACACUCAUUUUAGCACCAACUCGAUGGCAACGACACCGAACAGUCGGCGCAGUUCAGGAACGUCCAAUUCAACUUCAAGUUUCACCACGCAUACCAAGCUGUCCACGUUGACAGCAGCCUACAAGCAGGAAGGGACGCUCUCACCUACAGGUCUAACACCUACGGCAUUGACACCUACGGCACUGACACCUGAGCUGAGCAAAACGAUGGGCUUCAACUUUGGAAGAGCUCCCAUGAUCCCCGGAAGGAACGGUUCCUUCAAUGCAGGAAAUAGCGUCAAAAGGUCACGGCCCACGCCCGUCUACAAUCGUUCACGGACCACCGAUCUGUCCGAUUUGGCACGUCGCACCAGCGCUCUCAUCUCACCCUCUCUUCGCUAAUAACUUCAUACUCUUUCAGGUUCAUAUUUAGUUUACUAACGUUAACAACUACUGGUCUAAUAGUAUACACGUUAGCGUUAAGUUUUCUGAAGGGAGGGAGAAAAAGAAAGCA